AUGGUCGGUUCUUCGCUUGCGAUCUUGAACUUUCCUCCCUCGCCUCCCCACGGCUCUGGUAGUCGGGAAUCAAGCUUUCCCUCAAGCAUUAAGCUGCCAAAGCUACCCUCUCGAUUUCAAGAUACACUAGCGCUGGGAGACGGACUUAGGACUCCUCCUACCGACGACAUGAGUACCGUAUUCCAGCCUCCGGUGGCUUCUUGGGAUAGCCAUGCUAUUCACAACUACACUUCUGCUGUUCCUCAAACUGCUCGAGCUCCAGCUACGAUAAACGACACGGGGAAAUCACAGUACUACCGAUAUCCUGUGCAACAACCCGAACAACAACAUCAACCACAACCGCAGAACACAUAUAACCACUACUAUCAACAGGAGCAAUCCACACAUCCGACCCAUGAGCUACACCCCACCUCUCAAGUUUCUCAACACCGCAAUGGAUCAAUUUCGACAGCCUCCCACACGGUCCCAGUCGUUGGACAAACUGCCCAGCCUUCAACGCCUGCUGAUUCGACAUCCACUGCGACAAGAGAUGACGCCGAAUCUCUUGUUUAUCACAGCCUUGUGAUCCCCAAGUGCAUCAGUCCUGCGGGUGGAAACCUGGCCGAUUUCGCUGCCCAAAUGACUUGCUUGUUCUGGUUUGAGUCUAUCGAUGAACUCAAGCAGGCUGGGUCAAUUCGUGCAAUGGGCCCCAAUGCACUCGUUCCCCGGUUACCACCUCUUGCCAAACCUCUCGACCAAUUUCGAAAGUGGGUGUACAGCGUUCUUUCGACGACACAAGUGACCCAGAAUGUCAUUCUGUUGGCUUUACUUUUCAUCUACCGACUGAAGAUGUCGACACCUCAGAUCAACGGUCGCGCUGGUAGCGAAUAUAGGUUGCUGACGGUGGCACUAAUGCUCGGGAACAAAUUCUUGGAUGAUAACACCUACACGAACAAGACUUGGGCCGAAGUGUCAUGCUUCAACGUGCAAGAGAUUCACGUCAUGGAAGUGGAGUUUCUGUCUAACAUGCGAUACAACUUGGUGGCGACGAAGGACCAGUGGAAUGACUGGUUGGACAAGCUUUCCUGCUUUCACGAGUACUACGAACGAGCUGUACGAUUGCCAGCAUCACCGGUUCACGUCCCUUCUCCAGCAAACAAGGGCCAACACUCACCUAUCGCUUCACCGACAGCUGCUAUGCAGCCCACCGUUAACCUGCCCCCUACCCCGGCUGUUACAACAAACUACUCACCCACGUCGAGUCACUCACAAAACUGGUCUGCAUACCAAACUAACAUCAUCUCCCCACUCUCCACCAAGCCAAACCUCCAGUUCCCUCCUGUGUCACGGAAGCGAAGUCCCGAGGGAGAGAUCAUGGAACACCCCGCCAAGCGACUUGCCCCUCAACGAGGUGCUGCUCCCACUAUGCCUCAGGUACCGCGAUCCAAUGGAAUUGUCGAGCCGGCAAGACUGCCUGUUCCUCACCUUUCUGUCAUGACUGGACAUUCUCAGGCCCAGCCUCAGGCUCUACCUCAACCUGCGUUGACUCCCUUCGACAAUCACAACAUCAAUGUCAGCGGGUACCCUCAGCCUACACAGCAGGUAGCUCAGCCUGUUCACGUCUCGCUUCCCCCGUUGCAAACUGGUAUGCGCGCUAUGUCUACAGUCUAUCCUACUGUCCCCGCGGCUAUGGUGCCGAAGCAAUCGCUUCCUCCAACGACGGGUGUCACCAUGGCGCAAACUGGUUUCCCUACCCAGGCGCCUGUCAGCUACAGUAACCCGAGCAAACAGCUUAGCCCUGGACGUCUGGGUCCAUUCAACUCGUCUCCUUUAGCUGAGGCGUACGGCCAAUCCUCCGUUGUCCAUACACCUAUGGCUCACACUCCCAUCUCCAACUCGCCGAGCGUCUAUCUACAACAGCGACCCAGCCCAUACAAGCCCGUGCGCCACGUCAACACGCUCUUACAUCCCCCACCUUCGGCAUCUUUGGAGCAGUACCAUCUCUCUGUACCUGUUCCCCCAGCCCAGAUGCACUAUCAGCCCAUCGGGCGACGGAACGAUCUUCGAACUGGUGUUGUGCCUGAUUUUGUCGUUUACGACCGUGUUCACCCUCAACAUCAGCCUCUCGCCCACGGGCUCUCUCAGGGACACUACCCGUCUUAG